GCUUCUUUUAUAUCUGCGCUCAGUCUGAGGCGAGGCUCUCAGUCAGCUUCAAACGAGGGCUUUCCUGCAGGAGAGGCAAGGAGGAUCCCAACCCGGGGGCCGGCUGUGCUGUCAGAGCUGCCCGUGGGGCUUGGAUGUACACCGGGGCUGGAGUUCUCCAGCUUUAGGGGCCCGACACGUUCAUGGGACCCGGAGGGCUGGCCGGGUAUUAUCCGAAUUUUUGCAACAAUCGUUCCCCGCCGACCAUGCCACAAUGCUGAUGAUUCCUCUGCUGGUGUUGGCGAGCCUGCUGGACCCCGUUUGGCCCCGGGCCCGUUGCUCGCCUAGCCAGGGUUGUGACCCCCGGCAGCGGAGAGACGCCGGGGGGCGCGGAGGAGUGUAUGAGCACCUCGGAGGAGCGCCGAGGCGCAGGAAACUUUACUGCGCUACCAAAUAUCAUCUACAGAUCCAUCCUAACGGGAAGAUUGAUGGAUCACUGGAGGAGAAUAAUCCGUUCAGCAUCUUGGAGAUCACAGCAGUGGAUGUGGGUGUCGUGGCUAUAAAAGGGCUUUUCUCAGGCAAAUAUCUAGCCAUGAACGAUAAAGGAAGGCUGUACGCCUCGGAGGUUUUCAACAAGGAGUGUGAAUUUGUGGAACGGAUCCAUGAGUUGGGGUACAACACCUAUGCAUCACGACAACACUUCACAGAGCAGCCCCUACCACCGGGAACAGGCAGCAGCAGCAGCAAGCGUCGGGCCUCUGUCAGGAGGCAAUGGUACAUCUCCAUCAACGGGAAAGGGCGGCCGCGGCGAGGCUUUAAAACUCGGAGCACUGAUAAAGCCUCACUCUUCUUGCCUCGGGUGCUGGGCAACAAGGACCAUGAGAUGGUGAGGAAGCUGAGGGACAUUCAAGGUGCCCAGCACACGCAUCAUCAGCAGGGGCGGCGUGGUGAACGCCGGAGACGCCGGCAUCGUGAUAGGAAAGGUCGAGGUCAACAGCCUGAUGACUCAGCAGACUUUUAGAGGUGAGGUUGGAUUUCAUCUCCCUCUGCUAUGACUCAUCUACACAGAUCCUUGAUCUCGGCACAUGCUGCAGCUUGACUGCAAGGAAGGAUGUGAGAAAAUGUCUUGGAUCCCAAAUUCUGGAUUGAUGGAAGUUCUUGUUGGUGUACAGUGAUAAAGGGAAGUUCAAUCAAUAAGGAAGGGGAACUCAAAGGCCACCAAAGUGUUUCUGGUUUUUACACCUUUCUAAAAACCUGCCGCUCUCUGGAGACUCUGGCCUACAACUCCACUGCUGUAUAAUCCUCUGAUAACUGACGUCCGAUUUCUUACAAAUGUAACUGUCAUGUAAACAAACGUAAUAAGUAAUAAUGUAAUAUCCAUCCUAUUUUGUAUGUACAAGCCUCAUCCAUCAACUACCCUCAGAGCAUAUGUUCAGCUGGCCUGUACAGCAGCAUAUAAGCUUUAUGUUUGUCAGAAUCCAAGUACUAUUUUCCGAUUGUUAAGUGCUAUGAAUCAUUAUGGAAGCUGAAGAGGGGACUGUACAUGGAGAAGCACUUUUUGUCAGAUUCACAUUAAGAAGAAUAAGGAAUUCAGCUUGAGGCACGAGCAUCUGCAAUGUUCUUAUAAUGUGAUAGUCUACUGUGUGUUAACUGAAAGAAGUACUUUGUAUAUUUCACAAAUGAUAUGAAUAUUUAUUUGCUGUCUGAGUUGUAAGUUAUUGAUAAGACUAUUUCUGCAUUUUACCAACAUGGAUGUUGUUUCAGUUUUCACUUGCUGCCUGGUUCCAACAUAAAAAAACAUAAUGGUACUGACCCAAAGAAGAAAAAAACA